ACUUCUGAAAAAGGAAAUAAAAUUCAAUCAGGAAAUGUGAGCGCUCUCUGAUUACUAUAAUGAUUAUUUUCUAACUAUUACGGAUGAAAGAGAGAUAAAUCAAUAAAGCAUCACUCGAAAGUGUUUAGGCCUUGACUAUUUCUGUGGCAAAUGACCGUAAUCCAUACCGGCUCUUUCUUCAAGUGUUACUAGCAAUUGAAUCCGGAUCAUAAUUUUCUAAACAUCAUGGAUAUUAGCUUGCAGUGUCUAAUCAAAGACAAAAGACACAUCGUUGACAGAAGACUACAGGGAUGAAAAUUUAUUAGGGAAAACCCGCUGAGGUCUGAAUUGCAUAUGUAAUUGAAUAAUGCACGAAGGGAAUUUUCUCAACUGGAUUUGAUAUUAACAUCGUAAAAUCUGCGGCAGCUAAAUUUCUUGAUACUCAUAUAACAAAAAAGGCUGGCGACAGACAAGUGUCGAGAUAUUUUACAGAUUUCAUCAUGAAACCGCCAUACGUUGUGGAUGCGAUUUCAGUAAUCAUGCUCUUGGCAGUUCUAGAAGAGAGAGAAUGCGUGCAUGCACCAUCGGAGCUUAAAGUGUACGUUAAAGGUCACAGUGCUCUAGUGCACUGGGUUCAAGAGGGGGAUGUGAAUGAGAUUUCUCGAUUUGAACUGACUUGUGAAUUCUUAGGAGCAACUGUCGGUACAUUUCGGAUUACUCAUGGGAUAAACCGUGUUCAGAGGAGCUUUAGACUUUGGGGAUUAUUACCAUCUCAAAGAUACAGGGUCUACAUGGUUACGAUCACGGAGCUCGGGGCCAGCAAUACAAGCGAGGUUGUGGAUUUUGCAACGAAUUUGACAGAUACGUUUGAAUACGUACAAGUACGAUCGAAAGGGAUACAACUCGAGGAAGCGUUAAUACUUUUCGUAGUUGUCGGACUUUGGGUAUGCGCGAUGGUGCUAUUUGUAAAACAGUGGGAUAACAUUCGUAUUUUACAGCCUCAGGAAACACGGUAUAAACACGCUCCAAAAAAUUUGGAAACAAUUAAGGUUGUGAAAAAGGCCCAAGAUAGUGUUAUAUAUAAAAAUUAUAGCCGAAAAAUGUCAUUAACAAUGGUUGAACGUGAGAAAAAGCUACUGCGCAUGAAUACAGUACCAAUUAUGGAAAAUGUGGCUUCUUUACAGACGAUAAACUCAUUUAAAAAGCUAUCAACUAUAGAAAUGGAAGAGGGUAUCCAGGAGGAAGUGGAUACUGCCGGCGUUAGCUCAAAUGUGUGACGUAUCUGAAAACGUCAGUUAUGUAAAUAUGACACUGCCACACGGUGUGAAAUUUUCUGUGAUAUGUUCCUUUAGCAUGAAAGUGUGUAUAAUAUUCCAUAUUCAUGAAAGCUUAUGAAAGUAUUACAUUCGAUACAUUAGACAAAACAUUGUUGUAUAUAUUAAUUUAACUGUCAUGGUCGUUAUUUUCUGGUCUUUGGGUUGCUAUUCUUCUAGAAGUUCCUUGUUCCUGAGGGUUUACAAGAAAUGUCUAAUUACAAGUAUAUUUGACAUUACUAACGUGCAUUGUGAAGUUCUUAAAAAAUGUUCAAAUUUUUCGUAUUUUGCUAGACUAGGUCUACUGAAUCAGUAAAAAUAUGCCAAACCAUAUAUAUGCCUCGUGUAUUAGUCCUUUUAUUACGCGGUUCACCAUGUAAUCAAUUAAAAUAAGGCGUAACAAGUAAUAAAAUCUUCUACGACUACCUUGGCAUGUCUCAAGAUAUAUAACGUUAUAUCUAAUAGUCUAUAAAAUAGCAUACUCAUAGCAUACUCAUAAUUAUUAUGAGAAAUGACUAACGCGGCGCCGGCAGUGAAAAGCUUUUUACAUAUUCUUACUACUAACUAGUAGCAAAAAUUUAAAGAUACGGUGGACUAUUUCUGCAUCUGAUACCCAGAUAAAUUUCAUGCAAAUUAAGAAAAGUGUCGAGAAAAUUGAAUAAAUUCUUCGUGAAAAAUCAAAACCAUAACAUAAAUUUAAUUUUCAUAAAAAUAUUCGUUAUCUUCGCAAAGGUUGUCGCGAAGGCUAAUACUUAACUGGUUGCAGUUUAUGUCAUCAUAGCUUUAGGACUGGUUGCAGUUUAUGCCAUCAUAGCUUUAGGACAAGAAGACAACAUAACUUUUUUAAUAUUUAAUGAAAACGAAGUUGGUUUUUUUUGGAGUUUUAGGUACUAUUUGACACUAUGUCUUGAUAAAAAGAAAACAUUUUUGCGAAAACUGCAUCAAUAAAAUCAUGAAAGUUUGUCCAUUUUCGCGAAAAUUAUUUAAUUACCUUUAUCAGGUUAUCCUUUGCAAAAAUAUGCCAUCAUAGUUCAGAAAUAAUUUAUAUCACAUUUCGGGGAUUCCCUUUGGUCUAUGAAAUCAUUCCUCGCUUUAUAAUAGACUGACAUUUACAACUUUGACUUUUUCACUGUUAUAGAAGCCGUUUUUGUAAUUGCUUCAUAAUUGAUACAUUAACUGUAAACUCUCCAGGGAAGGAAAUGGCAUUUAGGAUCAUUCUCUUGCAAAUCAUGCUUGAAAAUGGCACAUGUCAAACUAAGUUACAUGAUCGUAGUUGCAAAUUGUGCUUAGAUAUUUUUAUAAUUCUCUGCAGAUAAUUAUGAAAUCAGGUUAACAACUAAAUGCCAAAAUUCAAAUUUUAAAGCUUAACCCAUUUGGCUAUGUUGACGUCACACUUUUUUAUUCCAGAAUGGCAGUCUUUUUCGUCUCACUUCCAACAAAACUAUCCCCUUUGAAUUCCUACAUAAAUCUGUGAAAUAUGUUCGUUUGUUCUUGUAUAGUUUUAAUGACACAGAAUUGAUGAAAAUGUGCAUUUAGGAGUUUUGAGAAUUUCAUCAUUUUUACCAUUACUUUUGUAAGGAAAUUUAAUAACCUUCCAUUUUCAGAUGUUACAUUUCCCAUUAAAACUCAUUGUUUACAGAACAACAGUCUCUUUGAUCUCAGGUUCUCCGUAACAUACAUCUAACCUUUUACUCUGCUAUAAUGGUCUGGUCCAUCAUUCAAUUUGGGCAGAACCAUUUAUCAUUUGAAGGGGUGUUUACUGAAAAUUUACUGACUGAAUAGCGAACAGUGCACAUACAUGAAUGAACUUUCAACUACCUGUCUGAUUGUCUGAUACUCUUUCAUCUGUAAAUGAAGUUAUACAUUUUUACUUUAUUAUUAAUACAUUAUCUAUCAUCAUCUGAUGAAUUUGUUUACCGAGUUACCAAUCACGUGUUUUCAUUCCGAUCUUUGGAAUCUUAACCUGUGUAAACUGUGUCUUCACAAAUACAAUUAUAUUAUAAUAUGUAGAAAAUAUGCCGUGUAAAUAGUUAAAUGAUGUGGGGGUUUUUUUCUUUCUUUUUUGUCUUUUUAGCUCACCUGAGCAAUGAUCAGGUGAGUUUUUGUGAUCGCUCGAUGUCCGGCGUCCGUCGUCCGUCGUCUGUCGUCUGUCUGUCUGUCAACAUUUAGCUUGUGUAUGCGAUACAGGCUGUAUUUUUCAAUUGAUCUUCAUGACAUUUUGUCAGAAUGAUUACCUUGAUGAAAUCUAGGCCAAAUUUGAAAAUGGAUUAUCUGGGAUAAAGAACUAGGUCACUAGGUCAAAUCAAAGAAAAACCUUGUGUAUGCGAUAGAGGCUGUAUUUUUCAACUGAUCUUCCUGAAAUUAGGUCAGAAUGAUUGCCUUGGUGAAAUCUAGGCCAAGUUAGAAAAUGGCUUAUGUUUGGUCAAAAACUAGGUCACUAGGUCAAAUCAAAGAAAAACCUUGUGUAUGCGAUAGAGGCUGUAUUUUGCAACUGAACUUCACGAAAUUUCGUCAGAAUAAUUGCCUUGAUAAAUUCUACGACAACUUUGAAAAUGGGUCAUCUGGGAUUAAAAACUAGGUCGCUAGGUCAAAUCAUGUAAUCCCUAAGCAUGCACAUACAAUUAAAAUAAAUACAAAAAUCUGUGAAACGGUUCCCUAAAGCCGGGAAUAGGGUAUAAAUCCUGCAAAACGUUAUAGAGUAGGGCAUUAGCCCUAAAUGCAAGCCAUGUUCAAAAAUUGAAGAAUGGCCUUCAACUGUUGAAGUUUAAGCUCAGUAACCAGUUUUGUUUUAUAAGUUUAUAAUUUUAUGUCGACUCGUUCAUAAAUUCUCUUAAAACGCCAUAAAAUGUGGGUACUGUAAACGUGGCCAGUGGUUCAAACUUAUUUACGUAUAACCUUUGCAUGUAUUUUUGUAUAAAUACCUUAAAAUAUUGUGCAUUAGUGAGCAAACUGUUACAACGCGUUUGAGGUAAUAGAGAAAAUCAACAAUCUUCUUGCCAUUUAUCUGUAUGUGACAUUUUAUAUUUGACUUCUUUUUUCAGUGUAAUAUAAACAUUUUUUACCAAACUUGAAGGAAAUGGUCAUGCUAUAAAACAUUUCACUACAACUUUAAAGACCUUUCUAGGGUUCCAUAGAUUCUUCUGGAGACUCUUUUCUCUAUUAAUUCUCUAACCAUUUAACUGAUCACUGUAUACCAUCUGCUCAACUAUUCCAAUAGCAACAGAUACAAAUAAACAUUAUCAAAACAUUGCCUUAUUUGUUCCUGUUGUAAUUGUGUUGGUGUACAUUUUGAUGUUGUUCUCUCGGUACUGAGCCAGUAAUUUUUUUCAAAAUAAGUAUAAAUGUUUAUAAACUAUUUAUGUUUCGCUACUUAAAGAAGUUGAAUUACUUUUGUAAUUAUGAACGUCUAUAAUAGUUUCGAAAACAUUUUCUGUUAUCGUCAGAAAGAAUUCUCUUAUACAUUUUAAUACACAGUUAUAAAUAUACAAGGUAACAUUUUAAACCUAUGCGCAGUGUUUAGCGGUUUGGUUACAUCCGCUGUUUAAAUAGAAGAUUUUUUUGUAACAGAAAAAAAAUCUUGUAAGAUCAAACUGUCUUUCAUUCAGUUAUGAAUAAAUUGCAUCUUGUGUUUACCCGUUGGGCGAUAAUUGAUCUUAGACAGAAACGAACAAAAUUAAUUUUCAUUAUGUUUAAAGUAUGUCAUGCUAGCGAUAAAAAUAAAAUUAUGUCUACGAAACUUGUUGUCUUGUAUAUCUAAAUUCUAACACUAGUCACGCAUUCAUAAUUCAAGGGUGAGAAUAACGCCACAUUUGGAAAAGCUAAUAUUUAGACGCAUUGGACACCGCUUGUUGGAGACUUCAGUCUUGAGACAGUUAUUACAUAGAUGAGGUUUUAAAUUAUUUAAUUUGCUCAAAGCGGUUAAAUGCGCGGAUCGUUUGCCUCUUUUAGCACGUGUGUGUGUGAUAUCAGGACGCGUAUACUGGCGUUUUUCAGUUUUACAUCUGGGUUUUGUAGCAUUAUAUUUAUUUGUAGGGAUGUGCAAUACAGGCAGUCAGUAUAAAAGAUUUAUUUUGAAUUUAGAAUUUCUAUGCACCAUCGAA